UGACAAACACAGACAGCACUCCUCUCUUUCAUCGCCCCGUCUCGAUUCAAAUUCUUCGUCCGAGUUUCAUAAAAAUCGAACAUCCCUCAUUUUGAAGAUUUCUCUCUCUGCUUUAAGCCCAGAUACCAAUUUCUUCCCGAUUCGCAUUAAUGCCAUUCUGAAUCAAGCUAAUUAAUGCUAGUAUAAGGCAAUCCAAAAAGUCGCAAAAUUUUUCUUUUCUUCCCUUUUCUCUCCCACUCUCGUGGUGUGUUUUAUUCUCUGUAUUUCCUUUUCUUCUCCGUUUCUCUUUUUUUAGACAGUGAGAGAGAAAGCUCAGAGUGUGCAGGCGUGUGUUUGUGUGUGUAUGUGAGAGAGAGAGUAAAAAUCAGUCCUUUUUAAUGCGUGAAGCAGAAGAACCCGAUUCCCUCAACAUCCCCAAGUAAAAAAGGACAGCAACAAUCACUUUCCUCCCCCUCUCAUUUCCUUUAACUCACACAAAAAUUGAACAAAGAAAUGCACUUUAUCCAUCUCCCCAACUCCAUUGUUUCCUCCCUCUCUCAGCCGAAUUUCCCAUCUCUCACUCUUUCUCAGUAGAUAAGGACAAAUGUGGGAUUGAUUUAAUUAUCGUGCAUCGUUUUCAAUUCUCGCUUCGAUCACCGAAUCCCUCUCUGCAUCUGGUGUGAAAUUACCGAAACAUCCUCAACUUGCGAAUUGAAUUUUGAGGUACUAACCAACAAAAGGGCGUUGUCUUCAUCUGGGCUACGCUUUGGAAGUUUGUGUUUCAAGAGAGGGAUAUUUGGAGCUGCAGUUGAGGUUGAGGUUUAACUUUUUGGAUGUGAAAUGGGCUCUGUUGCAUUUGCUGGUGAUGAUGAGUCUCUGCCUUCUACUAGUAAUUGCAAGUUAUCAACAAUGAUUCUUGAUGGAUGUGGUGCUGUUAAUCAUGCCUCGAUUCCGAGGAAGCUACGGUCCGCCAUCAAAAAGCGGAGCCGUGAGUCCGUUACUUCACCAUGGCUAACUUCUGGGAAGCAGCAUGAUGCGUUGUCAACCACAGUUUAUAGAAAAGAUGGUGCAAAGAAAUCCAAAUUGAAAAAGAAGAAGAGACACAUCACCAAGGAUGAGGAAGAAGUGGCUGAAACCUUGUAUGCUUUGGCUGGUAUGUUCACUAAUGCAAACAAGGCUGAUCACGAUGAAAAGCCCGAAAUACAAUCUUCAGCUACACUAGAAGAAGAUACCUGUCGGACACUACAAGUCGAGACUAGAAAAAUUAGCUCAGAAGUAACUCUCGGAGCUGUUUGUCCUUCAAUUACGGAUGUGGUCAAUUCAACAGAAGAAGUCAUAUCCCAAACAUUAGAAGCUCGACAACCUGUGCCUUUUUUUUCUUGCAAGCAGGCAGCGACCCCCGAUGCUUAUGGAUGCAAAUCAGAUUCAUGUCCGAGAUCCACUUUAAGACCACUAGUAUCCAUACAUGGCACCAUUCAAAGUCAUGAAGACAAAAUUCACUUUGAUCAGGUCACAGCUUCUGGAUUGCAGUAUGGCAAAAACAAAUAUAAUGAUUUGUUUCCAUCACCCAACUUGUCUGCAAUGCAAGCCGCAAGUUCUGAGACGCGCCGCUUGUUUGAGGGCACAAUUUUUUCCUCUCAGCCUCAUGUCGUUGAGCACAAAAUUAGUAGUGAAAAGCAUACUAGAGUUGCUACUGAAUCGAACAACUCAUGGAAGAGAUGUUCAGCACACGUUUACAUAAGUCGUCUCAUCAAAGUCUUGCAAAUAUCAGACAGAAAAGAAGGAUUGCCAGUGAAGUCUACUCAACCAACAACUUGUCGAGGUUCAGACAACCAAAUGCUGAGAAUAAAUGGUAGAAACGGUGACACAUAUUUUAGUGCCAUAGACAUAGAUGCUGCUGAAAAAGGUUCAUCUGAAGACCAAAAUGGUUUCCUUCUGCAUAAGAGGCCAAUUCAAGAUGAGCAGAUGGCUUCUGAAACCUCUGCAAAGCAGGGAUAUGACUUUUUAUCUUUGGGAAUGGGGAUUCGUGGUUUGGACACCAGUGAGAGUGCAAACGGAGCAGGAUGUUUUCUCGAUCCUCCUAAACAGUACUAUAUGCCAUACAUGCAGUCACGAAACCAGUCCCCGAUACUUUGUUCACUGCCCCCCCGGAAUGGUUAUUCUUCAUCUUCAUACUAUAAGUCAGCCUCCUCGCAAGCACAACAGCUCUCUCAGUAUCAUAGCAGCAGUUUCACAGACAGAACAGGACAGUAUUAUAACACGGGAGGAGGUGGUGAGCUUCGCCUUCCAGACUGGAGAAACGGAGCUGUGCUGAACUCUCUGUUCCCACAUCUGCAUGCUGCUCUGGGCUCCAAGUUUCAACAACUCUCACCUUCACAACAGCAGGUAAUAGCUAUCAACGCGUCGUUGCCUCUGAAAAGGCAUCACAACCUUCCUUUGGGAUUCGAGAGAAAUGGAGCCGUAUUCCAACCUGAAAACAUGCACCUUUGACAUGGAUAAGUUACUAUCAACAUGCUUACUAAAUAUAUCAUCAUUUGUUCAUUAUUUCUUCACAUUUCGGUUCGUUUUCUGUUUACCUUGACGACUUGUGACCCCUCAGAUUAUAUGAAACUUGAGUCUUGGAUAAAUCUGCAGCAAAUUUCCUUGUCAUGGCUUGUAAAUUUUCUGGAGAUUUACUUUUAAGUGACAGAACACUGAAACAAGAGUUACCAAACAGCUCUGAUAUUUUUUGAACUGAUUGUAUCUUGUAAUAACAUGACAUGACUUAGCAAUGGCACUAAAUUGCCUUUACAUUAUUGGUUGAAUUUUGUUCUUACUAUAUUUUUAUUUUAUAUA